GCUACUUUCCUUACUGAGGAGUUGGCAACACUGCAAGGAGCUGUUAGGGUUAGUUAUAAAUAUAUUUGGUGGUAGCAAGCUGGCUAAGGUUGGGCUAAGAUACAGGUAGACAGUGUUCUUCGCUCCCACCUGUCUGGGCACUGCUUUCCCGCAAUUCUGUUAACGACAGCAAGGGCAUGUGUUAGCGAAGGACACUGGGUGCUGGCUAGCCACACACUGGAUGAAUAAUUUCUAMGAAAUUACGUUGAACCAACGUGGAAUAGAUGUUGCAUUUGACGUCUGUGCCAAACCACCAAUGUGCGGUCUUCUUGUGUAAAUAUUUUCUGUCUGGAUUGUAAUUMUUUUUUUGGAAUAGACAGACGUUCUGGGCUCUAAAAUGUGUUUAUUAUGAUCAAGUUCGAUCCCCACUGUGAAUGAUUUAAAAGUUUGCUACAAAUCGAGACAUUAAUUAAAUAAAUAGUGACUACUACGUUUGUAGUCAUCACAUGAUCACGUGUUGACACAGACCAAUCACCGACAGGCAGGCUACGAGGAGGCUCGCGACCUCAAGCACGCUCUUUAAACGUGCACCUACGGGGUGUGAUGUGGCUCAUAGGUUGACUCUCUCAAGUAGAAUGAAAACGACAACAUCGACCAUGAUCCUUUGCUAGUUACAGCCACUUUCACCAUGAUCCUUAGCGUUUCUUUGGUUCCAUUCUGCAAUAUGGCGCGGUUCAAAUUCAAAUACUYCCGGCUUCAUGCGCCAUCUGUUUUUUUUUUUAUACUUCCAUAGGAAUACGUGGAUAACAUCAACGCUAUCACUUUCUACUGGUUUUAAUGACUAUGGUCUGUGCCCAGUGGGUAGGCUGCUAGGACUCGUACACAGCAGGCUGAAGGCGCGAUAAGUAGCUAGCUAGCUAGGACACCGGUAGACAAUGUCCUUCACCCCACUGGCGGGCACUGCUUUCCCGCAGCCCUCCCUCCUGAACGCCAGUCAGCCAUUCGCUGGGAGCUGCCAUCAAAUCCUAACCCAAUCCAAGAGCACUCUCAGAACCAUGGGAGGAGAGGAAAGCCAAGCUGUCGCCAUCAUGAGGAAUAUUUUUGGGAAUCUGCUAAAGAGUCUUAUAGGGAAUAUUGGGUUUAAUGUGGAGACAGUGGAUUACAAGAACAUCCGCUUCAUCGUAUGGGACGUGGACGGCCAGGACAAGAUCCGCCCACUCUGGAGACGCUACUUCCAGAACACACAGGAACCUUCCCAAUGCCAUGAACGCGGCUGAGAUCACAGACAAGCUGGGCCUGCACUCCCUGCGCCACCGUAACAGGUACAUCCAGGCCACAUGCACCACCAGUGGGGACAGCCUCUACAAGGGACUGAACUGGCUGGCCAACCAACUGAAGAACAAGAAGUGAGAAGCGGGAGAGGUACUAGGUGAACCAGGCAGGUAGUGCUGAGCAAUUAACCGAAAUGUCAGUUGUUGUUUUUUUCUAACAACUAAUUGACCAACCUUGGUUCAAUUAUUUGAAUUCCAUUUCAUUCAGGUUUUUCCUGUGAGCUCAAUGCGCACACUGCGCUGCAGUUUCUCUGGAGAUAAAUCAGAUCUAGCCCGAACUGUGCAAUAUAGUAGGGAGUUGUAUUUUCCAACAGGCCAAUGUUCUACAUAGUUUAGCGCAGAAAAAGGGAUAAUUAACUACAAAGACCAUAAUCCAUUGCAGGCCUAUGUGUUUCUGUUAUGCCUAAUAUGUAAGAGACAGAAGAAUGCGCAGUUGCUUCGUGAGGUAUCUCUACCUGAAAAUACAUGACCUAAGUGAUUGA